UGUUAUCUUGUGAAGAUUAUCUAUCUUAUUGCGACCCAUACCAUAGGUUAUCCUGUCUGAGCUCCGUAGAGUUCAUUCUUACAGAAUAGAAAAUGGCCGUUAUGAACGGUUGCGACUCGUCCACCACCGAUACGGAAACGAAGAAGAACGUCUCGUUUUGCUGGGGUAAUUCUCAAUCCACAUUAGCAUUCCCCUUUCUCAAAUCCCCCAUCUCCAAUUUCUCCCCUCCACAACUCCCCACAUCCAUUUCCAACGCCGUCGAUAAUUGUUCCAAACUUCUCCACUCCUUAGCUUCUCAAAACCCCUUCUUAAACAAACUACUCUCUCUUUCCUCUCAAUUCCAUGACACAUGCGUACAGAUUCGGUGCAGUAACUAUAGUAACAGUAGGUGGGUGAGUAAUCAUCACAAUUUUGCUGCUGUUUUACCUGGGGAUUCCGUGGCUGGCUUAGUGGUGGCUAAUGGACUUAAUAAUUUCUUGAGUCUUUACAAUACCUUACUCGUUGCCAGGCUUGUUCUUACCUGGUUUCCUAAUGCUCCUCCUGCCAUCGUUGCUCCUCUCAGCACCGUAUGUGACCCGUAUUUGAAUGUAUUCCGUGGGCUUAUCCCCCCCCUUGGAGGACUGGAUCUCUCUCCCAUCCUAGCUUUCCUUGUUCUGAAUGCCUUCACUAGCACUGCUGCUGCACUCCCUGCUGAGCUUCCAGUCACAGAACAAUCUAAGCAAGGUCUUGAAGCAAGAUUACAACAACCUACCGACGUUACUUCUUCACAGAACAAAUGGAUGAGGCGGCUUCAAGGGAUCGGGUCAAAGACCUCCACUUCUGCAAAUUAGAAUAUCAUAAUGUUUUAGUUUGUACCUCUGCAUGUAUGUUCAUUUAAAUAGGUUUCUGUUGUAACUUCACAGUUAUCAUAGUCCUAGGCAACACAAUUUUCGAGCCUGUGAUUCAUAUGAUGUUUUUUCAAAAGCUCCGAGUUUAUUAGAAUCAUAUCAAUACUUUUUUUCUCCAUGAAUUCUCGUACUAUUUAACUUCUGAUACACAAAAGAGAAUAUUUUCAGCA